AUGCUCACCCACCCCACUGGCAGCAACGCCAUGCUCACUCACCCCACUGGUAGCAACGCCAUGCUCACUCACCCCACUGGCAGCAACGCCAUGCUCACUCACCCCACUGGCAGCAACGCCAUGCUCACUCACCCCACUGGUAGCAACGCCAUGCUCACUCACCCCACUGGCAGCAACGCCAUGCUCACUCACCCCACUGGCAGCAACGCCAUGCUCACUCACCCCACUGGUAGCAACGCCAUGCUCACUCACCCCACUGGCAGCAACGCCAUGCUCACUCACCCCACUGGCAGCAACGCCAUGCUCACUCACCCCACUGGUAGCAACGCCAUGCUCACUCACCCCACUGGCAGCAACGCCAUGCUCACUCACCCCACUGGCAGCAACGCCAUGCUCACUCACCCCACUGGUAGCAACGCCAUGCUCACUCACCCCACUGGCAGCAACGCCAUGCUCACUCACCCCACUGGCAGCAACGCCAUGCUCACUCACCCCACUGGCAGCAACGCCAUGCUUACUCACCCCACUGGCAGGAACGCCAUGCUCACUCACCCCACUGGCAGGAACGCGUGCCAUCCGGCUCACAGCCCAACCCCGCACAGGCAGGAUCUGCAGCAACUGAAGUGA